AAGGGGCACUCUGAAAGAUGUACUAAACUGGGAACCUACUGGAAUGGGAGUACAUGUGAGUUGUGUCCUACCCCAGGCCCAGGAUAUGAAAUCACCUUUAAUUGUGGAUAUGGUGACGACGGAUCUAGACACGAACUCCCGAGAAAAGCGUGCAAAGCCAAUACGUUCAAUGAUGGCAGCAGUCUAUUUUGCCAAACUUGUGGAUCAUGUCCGGACGGGUUUAACAUUUUGAGCCCGUGCAGCCGAACUAAUAACACGACGUGCGAAGCUCCAAGGACGACGUCUCCAGUGACUAGGCCUACGCCGACGCCGAUUCAGACAAACACAGGAUCCAGCUUGAAACCAAAUGAAGCUACUACAACUCCCCUCUCUCCAGAUCUACGUAAUCCUGAUGUACUACUGUGGGCAGUACCGUUGGUCAUCCUAAUUUCCAUCAUGCUUGUGUUAUGUGCUUGUCUAAUCUACAGGAAGAGUAAAAGAGGCCAGCACACAGUGUUGACUUACAGCAGAAAAUCUUCAUACGUCAAUUCAGGGUUCUCUCCUCUGUCUGACCCACCUGGUAACAAUGAUCUGGAGGGGAUUCUGAGUCCCAGCAUCCUGUCAGCGCCUUUACAGACAGUGCUGGACAACCUGGAUGUUUUAGAAGAGCUGGUGAUUCUGUUGGAUCCAGAAAGUCAGGGAGUAAAGAACACCAAACAUCUGGCGUCUCUUUGCUCCUUCCCUGCCACCUGGAUUACUUACACCUACUCUAUGAGGGAGAGUAAGAGCCCUCUGAAAGCCGUGUUGGAGGGAGUCACCUGCAGGCACCCUGACUUGACAGUAGGGUACAUGGCUAAGCUGCUCAGACAUAUGGAGCGCAAUGAUGCCAUCGCUGUUCUUAGGAAAUUAGGAGAGGAUGUGAUGAUUGUGUGAUAUUCAUUCCACCUGUGAAUGCCAAAAGUCUUUUAUGGCAGGGUUUGGACUGCAGAUGUUUGCCUAAAGGCCGUUUUAUAGUCGUGGCUUGGUAGUGUUACAUUUCCCCCGACUCAUUUCCUGGUUCUCCUUCUCCAUAAACAACAUGAAAUUUAGGAGAGGGUUAACUUUUCCUGCUACAGAUUUCCAACCUUGGUCAGAAAGAACAGGGGAGACACUUUGUUUCUCUUACUAUAACUCUAGAGUCGCUACUCGCUCCGAAGAUAAUUGCUCACUGAUUCUCUCACUGAUCCCUCGCUCUAUCACCCACUCCCCACACACACACACACACACACACAUGCCAGCUCGACACACACACCACCGCGCAAGUAUAAACAUCAGGGGUCUCAUUUAUAAAACUGUGCGUAGGAUCCUUACUAUAAGUGUAUGUACGCCCAAAAGCCCAACUUGGCGUACGCCAAAAAAAAGUCAGAUUUAUAAAACCGUGUGUACGCACACCUGUAAGCAAUGUUCCCUUUAUAAAUCACAGAUUGACUACAAGUGUGUGUACAUGGAUCAACCUCUUAUCCCGCGCUGUACACGCCCAUUUUUAACCAUAAAUAGUCAAGGCAAAGCACCUCGUGAAUGCUGAUCAGUAUGUUAAUGAACCUGGCAGCUGUUCUUCGUUACACCGAAACAUGCCGAAUCAUGACGACUGGCAGAGAAAACAAACAAA